GCAGAAGAUCAGGGUCCACACAGUAGUCUGUUCGUGGCCCCCGUGGUUUGUGUGUCGUGAUUUCGAUCCGUGAAAAAAAAACAAAAUUCUGACAGCAAAACGGGGUUACUGAUAAUACGGAAGGAGAACAAACAGCCUACUUCGAACGAUUCAGCAAUAUUAAUUACAAUCGCGUUACGUAGAAACGUCUCUUCUAGUCUAGUCCUUACGGCAAUAGGCCAUGACCUGACCAAUGAUAAAAAAUCCUCCCACUACAGUUUCCCGUUGGUGUAGGAAUUUAGGUGUUUUCUUUGAUAUGAAAAAAAAAGUGUGCCAGAGUGGUCAAAGUGAAUCAUUAGUUUGUUGGUCCGAAUAACGAGAAAAAAAGGAAAUUCAAGCAGUUCGAUCGUGACGAAUCCGGUUUCCAAAAGAAGCAGUAGCAGUGAAAAGAAACGAGAAAACCCAAAAGGGAAAAUUGGACCUGAGAUAACAUCAUCCUUUUUGCUUUUCGGCGAGUGUGUGCGCGUGUAUUUGUGGGAAAAACCAUCGUCAAAGUCGCAAAGGAGCGCAUAGCGAGCAAAGGCAAAAUCCCGCACCGCAACAAGCGGAGAGUUGAAGCGAGAAAGAGAAAAGCCCAACUGGAGGCACAAGGACGAUACUAGCCUCCUUUCAGUAGUGUAGAGGACCGACCCCCCCUGAAGCGCGCGCGAGAGAGAGAGCGAGUGAGCGAGGAAAAACACAUAGAAGGGGAUCCCCAUUCGAGAGGAUUAUCGAUAACGGAGGACCGUCCGUGGACAAACGCACGGGUUAUUACGUUCUCACACAUACACGUACACACCGUCGUAGUCGUCGUCCUCGUCCUCGUCGUCAUCGUAGUCUUCAGGGAGCAGAUUUGCUUGUGCCUGGUUUCGACUUUCCCAUGAACUCCGACUCGAUUUGCAGAAGCUUACCAAGGUGGAAAAUUGGUGUCCAGGACUAAACCAACAACAAAUUCGAUAGAAGACAUCAUCUCCGGAUAAAAUGUCCUGGUGCUAGUGAUGUUCAAGCUGAACCGGGUGUAAAGAACCGAAGGACCGAUAAGAACGAAUUCACGAGGCCGCUACGGAUGGAAAGUUAGACUGUGUGAACUUCUGGAAAUACGAUUGAUCGCAGCUUGCUGUGUGCAGAGAAUAAAAUCCCGGAAGGAGAACCAGUGAAAAUUGAAUCAAAAUUCAUCGAUUGAGUCGAUAGAAAAGAAGCAAAAAUCUAACCUAGAUAAAAGAAGAAAUUAAAAAAAAAACAAAACAUAAGUGAAAAAAAAACUUAGCUAAAUCAUAAACAAGUCUAGGCAGUAGAUUCAAACUAAAAGAUCAUCACAGCUAAUUUUAGUCUAUCGUAUCGUAGUAACUUAAGCCGAGUAAGCAGCAAAACACAGAAUCGGAAAGAUACUUAACUAUUGUUUAAUCACCACACACGCAUAUUUUAGCACUCUCAAACAAAACAAAACACGUGUCUAUAAGUAUAAAAUCGGAGUAGAUUAUUGUAGCAAAACCAACCAAGCAACAGCAACAGCAAAGCAAACAAACAAAACAACACAACACAGCUAGUAAAGAUGUCUUCGCAAACAGCAAGUCAACAAUCAACCAAUGCAACACCACCGUCGGGUGCGGCGGGGUCAGCCGGAGCGGCGACCUGCGGCAACGAUCGGAUCAUCGACAGUGUGCUGUUUCCGCCGAAGCACAAACUGACGAUGGCCGAGGUGUUCGAUCCACACACCGGCAAACCCCGCCCGGACGUGCUGAAGCAGCACUUCAUCCUGGAGGGCCGAAUCGAGGAGAAUGCCGCCAUGCGGAUCAUACAGGAGGGCGCCAGCAUUCUGAAGGCGGAAAGCACGAUGAUCGACAUCGAAGCACCGGUCACAGUGUGCGGCGACAUACACGGACAGUUUUACGAUCUGAUGAAGCUGUUCGAAAUCGGCGGCUCGCCUGCUUCGACCAAAUAUCUCUUUCUGGGCGAUUAUGUCGACCGUGGUUACUUUAGUAUAGAGUGCGUGCUGUAUCUGUGGGCGCUGAAGCUGUGCUAUCCGACCACACUGUUUCUGCUGCGAGGCAAUCACGAGUGUCGACAUCUAACGGAAUACUUUACCUUUAAGCAGGAAUGUAAGAUUAAGUACUCGGAACGGGUGUACGAUGCAUGUAUGGAAGCGUUCGAUUGCUUGCCCCUGGCUGCACUCAUGAAUCAGCAAUUCCUCUGUGUUCACGGUGGCCUCUCGCCGGAGAUCCAAGAGUUGGACGACAUUCGGAAGUUGGACCGAUUCAAAGAACCGCCGGCCUUCGGACCGAUGUGCGACCUGUUGUGGUCCGAUCCGCUGGAAGACUUUGGCAAUGAGAAGAAUUCGGACUUUUACUCGCACAAUACGGUGCGCGGUUGUUCGUACUUCUACAGCUACAAGGCCUGCUGUGAUUUCCUGCAGAAUAACAAGCUCCUAUCGAUUAUUCGGGCCCACGAAGCGCAGGACGCUGGCUACCGUAUGUACCGAAAGAGCUCGACGACCGGUUUCCCAUCGCUAAUCACAAUCUUCUCCGCUCCAAACUACCUGGACGUUUACAACAACAAAGCGGCCGUGUUAAAGUAUGAAAACAACGUGAUGAACAUCCGACAGUUCAACUGCUCGCCACAUCCGUACUGGCUUCCAAACUUCAUGGACGUAUUCACCUGGUCCCUACCGUUCGUCGGCGAGAAGGUGACCGAAAUGUUGGUUAACGUACUUAACAUUUGCUCCGACGACGAGCUGAUCUGCGAGGGCGACGACACCCUGGAGGAGGCGAACGCCCGCAAGGAGGUCAUCCGGAACAAGAUCCGCGCCAUCGGCAAGAUGGCCCGUGUCUUCUCCGUGCUGAGAGAAGAAUCGGAAUCGGUGCUGCAGCUGAAGGGACUUACACCGACCGGUGCCCUACCGCUGGGUGCCCUGUCCGGGGGCAAACAGUCGCUACACAAUGCCCUGCAAGGCUUCUCGCCCAACCACAAGAUCACAUCGUUCGCCGAAGCCAAGGGUCUGGAUGCGAUCAACGAACGGAUGCCACCGCGGCGGGACACGACACCGACGCCCAGCGAGGAGAAAUGCAUUUCCCUGGCGGCAUCGAAAUAAUCAUCUUCGACAUCUUCGUCGGUACACCAAGGGGGGUGGGGGGUCGAGGGAAAGUUGGAGACAUGAGAAGUCAUCAGCGGGCACAGCCAGGAACUAGCGGAGAUAGAAGGCUACAUCCAGUACAGAGGAAAAAAAAACACACACAUAUACAUAUAAAAGAAUAAUAUAAUUGAAGCUACUGAAAACAACAACAAAAAACUAUUAUAAUAAAUUAUGGAAGAAACAUUUAAAAAAACUACCUUAAGUCAAUCCACUAAUAUCUUAUAUUUGAGGAAGCAAAAUGCAAACGGUAAAAAUUUGAAAUAAGAAAGUGUGUCAAUAAAAAUCGCACACACACGAAAAAGAAACUCGAUUGAUAAAAAAAGGGGAAACCAGUAAGAAGAAUCUUCUAAUCAAACAGCCCAAAAUCAGCGAUUCCCGUAUCCCCCGAACCGGUUUAGUGAGUGCUACGAUAUGAUAGGGAAAUUUUGCUUCCGCUUUUGAGCUUUACCCCAAUCGAAGAAGGCCCCGGUUUUUUUUGAGGCAGUUGUCACGUGACACCGUUCUGUGUGAGGGUUUUUUUUCGUACGAGCAAAUUGGAAACGUGGAAAUGACCCCGGUAAUCUGAUUCUGCCGUAGUCAACUUGGAAAAUAAUUACUUUCGGAAAAAAAUGAUACCACCAGCUUGGUUUCUUUAAAUACAGUUUCACUAGUUUCGUCAUGACAUGACAUUGCUAGACCAAACCCAUGUUAUAGAUGUUCUCUAAUUUGUUGAGGGUUUUAUCCCUAUACAACAAAUUUUGACUGAUGCGAAUUCAUUUCUCUUUCACUAUUUUUUUGACGAAUGGAAAACUUCAUGCAAUAAUCACGGAUCUGUAUUCUGUCUUCAUUCCCACCGCUGAAAAAAAAACCGCGUUAAAGUUCAAAAAACUUGCUGAGUUUACCUUUUUUCUCUAGGUUGAAAACCGUACACCCGUAGUCUUCUCACUUGGUGAGAUGACGUGACAACUGGAAAAAUUCUCAUGGCCACUCAUUUAACAGAAUCAUCGAUUGAAAAAUUUAAACUAAAAGCCAACUUAUCGUGGAAUAACUCUUCAUAAAGGAGGUGACAGACAAGAGUGGUAUUUACCAGAGUUAAUAAAAGUCAUUUUCAUUGACUCAAAAUAGACGAAAAUGACGAGAAAUUACUGUCACUCUCUGCUUCGCUUGCGAACUAGGAGAACGAAAUCCAAAUCCAUGUCCAAUGACAUAAGGGCAUAUUCAGGAGUGUUCUAGUUCUAGAUGCAUAAUUUAUGUCAGUUUUAAAAUUUAAUUCUAGAAAUUAUAACAAAAUAAACUGGCAGCCCCUGCAGCGAUCUAUCUGUGUUUCAUAUAUAGAAAAAAAAUAGAACGGCAGUGUAUACCAGUUUUAAAUUUGACAGUAGAACUGGUCGAAUAAAUAAAACUAAAACGGAUUGCUGGGGAUACUUUUGUUUCAGUUUCAUUUACAUUACAGACCACCCAUAUGAAUCUUGCAGUUGCUGAAUUUGCUCUAAGCGGGAGAGUAGUUUCAAAAUUGUGUCUUUUCUUUCAUUUGCCCUUUCAGUUAUUUGCAGUUUUCAGUGAAAAUUCUACCGAUAUUCAAGCAGAACCGAUAUUCAACCGAAGCUUUGAGCAUCGAAUCACAAUAACUUUUACCUGUUGGUGCUCGAAUUUAUAGUAGUUUUGGUUUCCAAAGAGGUUCUGGGAUGUAGUUACUUCGAUUUGUCAUAUUUUAGUCACUAUUUAUAGCAAGCGUCAUACAUUUUCAAUCCAUCGAUGAAAGAAUGAGAAUUGAAAUUCUGCUGAUGCUCCCUGAAGACGUUAGUUUGGAUUUCGUCUUGUCAUAGAGGAAAGAGUGACGUUGGCAAUUAUACUCUCUCAUUUUUUCAAUGAGAAACGAAAAUGCUUCGUCUCUCUUUGUUUGUUCUGGUGUCGGUCAUUUACGAAUGAGACAGUAAAAUAUUGAAAAUGAGGCUGUUGGAUUGGAUUCUUUCAUUGAGAAUGCGUGACAAUUUUAAGCUCUGGUAAUUACGCAAAUGAAACCAUUGGAAGAUGAUAGAUGUCAAGAAUCCCUUUCUUUAGUUUUCUAAUAUUGUUGUAAUUUCAAUUAAAAAAAAUUAAAAAAUCUUGUCAAUGCUUCUUUUCAAAUUUCAAUUUGACGUUCAGAAGUUCUGCAAUAGAACUAAUGAAAACCUGCUCUUUCUAUGCUUUGCAACUGUGGCUUCCAAUGUGAUAAGCAAACUUCAGAAGAACGAGAGGAUUUACGACAAACCAUUGCUUUUCGCAGAAAUCUGAACAUCCUCACUUUCAAACCAAGAGCAAGAGUCAACAACAGUGCAAAGUAGGCCUUUGAUAGCAACAAUGUUUGGCAGGCUGAAAAGACUUGAUACCUCCCGGUUUGAAUUUUUGCAUGGCCUUCUUACAGUAAAAUUUUGCCCUAUCAAUUUCCAAUGACACCUGGCUUGAAGUUUGCAAUAGACAGCUACCAAAGCAUAUACAAAUCAAAAUCCAAUCGAUGAACGCACACCAAAAAAUUGAGGGUUAAGCAGGAAGUGUAAGCAAAAUUGAAGAUCGUAACGAAAUAUCGAAACAAAGGAAAAUGCGAUUGCCUCCAUAAUAUAAUAAUAAUAUUAAUAACAAUAUUGUAACAAACAAAAAAAACACAUAAACAUUGUCAGGUUUCUCCAUUUCCGCUUGAACACUUCUCUCUAGUUAAGCCAUGUAAGAAAACAGAGAGUUAAAUCUUGAACUGUCAGUCGCGUCUACCAACUCUUUUCGAAACCCUUUUAUUCCGCCAGAUCAGCAUAUUAACAAAACGAAACCGUUCACAAAAGUUCUGACCCUUAACGAGCAUUCAACCAUAAGCAAAUCGAAGAAAGAAGUCAAGCGAAUAAAAACCUAUCCUCUAACCAUUAGGUGUAAUUAAGAACACUAAUAACACAGACAGAAGAAAAGAGUAUUUUAAUGGGAAACUGCAAGUGUGAAACCUAUGCUAAACCACAAACUUUUUCCGUACUGCCGUUGUUAGUGAACUGAUUCCGUUGUUCCACAGCUUGUUUGGUUCAAUCUGAUUUUCGACACGAAUUUAUCCACCAGUCCAGUAAAGCCUACAACUCACAACUACGUCCCAUUCAAUGAAGAAGAACAGAACUACAUAUUUUAUAAGCCGAGUUAGAGAAAAAACACGAAACGGAAGCAUUCGUGGGGGUUGAAGAGACAACACUUAACACUAAUUGACCGUAUGAAAAAAAAACCAAGUCGAAGAAUCAUCUAAUAAUUUGUCGGAGGACGUUCAGAAACGCAUGGACAACCGAAGCAGGAAUAGAAUAUGCAAGAAGAAAGCAAAGUAAAUACAAGUUAAGUCGUAAGUGUAUAAUUGAUUAAUUGAUAAGUAAACUAAUUUAACUGAAAUAAACUGAAGCAAAGGAAAACAAGGGAGCGAAAACUAGUGUCGAAUGAAAGGCGAGAAUUAAUUUAAAAGAAAAAUAACAUAGCAAGAGAAAAUUAAUUAUUGUCAUAUUAUUGAAUCUAUUAUGAUCAUUGACGACAAAAAGGUGAAAGAAAAACAAGAAUCUUAUAUAGAAGCAUUGAAUUUAACAAAAACCAAGAAAAAUCAUGCGUCUGCAAAACAAAAAAAAAUAUGAACAACAAGAGGAAGCAAGUAGCGACUAAAACACGUGAACACAUUUUCAUUAUUUUAAACGAUUCUCUAAAUUGAAAUAGUAAUUAAAGAAAAAAAGAAGAAGAAAAACAAGCAUAGUUUAUAAGGACAACCAUCAUUGUGAAAGAAAAAAAUAAACAAAAGAUUAAUAAACUUCCCUUCCCGUGUUAAUAUUUGCAUGCGCUUUUCUCAUCAAACAACAACAAAAACAAAUCGACAUAGUUAUAGUAAAAUCAAGAGGUUUACAAAUGUACGUUUUACUUAAAUCCCGGUUGGAAUUUUAACGUCUAAGUUUUAUCAUUAGCGAUAACUUUUAUUCAACCUGUUGUUAUGUUAGUAAAAGAAACGAAAUAUUUAUGUUUAAAUCUAGUUCUUUUCUUCGUACGAAAUGUGUAAACAGAAAAACAGCAAAACAAAAUAUUGUUAUAAUGUAACUUAAAAUGCAGAGCAACAACCCUGUCCUCUUCAUUACUAUACAUUGCUAAUGCAACCAUUGAAUAAUCUGGUCAACUAAAUCUAUAUACAUUUUGUAAUACUUUCUUCGAGAUGUUGAUCAAACAAAAAAGAAAAAUAAAACAAAAACUAAUAAGGAAAUCACAAAAGAAGCAACUCUGUCAUCACACUCUUUUUAAGAAUCAUAAUAAAAGUUAAAAUUUGUUCUUCUAUUCUAAAACAAAGCAAGCGUGCCAUCGCUUUUGUUUCAUUUAUUUUCUACCCCUUUUUCACUCAUUCUCUCUCUCUCAUUAGCUCACUAUCUUUCUGUCUCCGACACACGCACACACACACACACACAUCCACCAACACAAACCCACGCGGGCGCGGUUGUUUGUUCCCUCUUUUUUUCCCUUAUUGGUUCCGUUUCGCUUUGCUUUCGUUUUCGGUUUAUCAGUUUUUCGUUCGUUGUUUGAGCUCUCCGUAUGUGUGCUUGUAAGUGUGCGUAGACACACCGAGAAAAAAACAAAUUCCGAUCAGGGUUGUUGUUGUUGUUGUUCUUGUUCUUGUUGCUGUUGGUGUACCGUUCGUUCGUUUUUUCGACAACUACUCUCGUUUUUUCCCGAUAUGCUCGAUUGCCUUGGAAUUCUCUCAAACAAACUCAUACACUUACACAUACCAAAACACACAAAAAAAAAUUGCAAACAAACGACAAGCAAACUUGUUGCCAGGUUUAUCGUUGUUGAUUUUUUCGUUUGUUUGUUUUAGAACCGAUGGCGACAGCAGUGAAGUUUGCAACACUGGAUUGCGCACCGAAGUAAGCCCUGCUGCACGAACGAAGGGCAAAAUAUUUGACAGAAGAAUGACAUUUCACGUUAACUCUUUGCACGAGUAUCUUGAAGCCGUGUGUACUUUUAGGUGUAACAUUUCUUUCACAUAUGUUUAUUGAAACAAAAUGGAUUGAGAAGGAAUAUUCUGCUAAACACGAGAAGCUCGAACAAUUUAUUACGAGACGAUUUGAUUGGAAACAAAAUAAUUGCUAAUAAUAUUACGAUAGUUAUUAUAAAUAAUUGAUUACACGGAUAUUAAGAAGGCAACCAAAGGAAAACACAAGAAAACAAAUAAACCUUUCUAAACUUUACAAUCUAGUUAAACAAUUUUAAAAAAACAAAAUAAAGGGAAAACUUGUUGAAAAUGAUUCUAAUUCAUUCUAGCUGUGUCUUCACCUUGAUAAUGACGUUAUAAAAAAAAUGGCUUAUUUUUACCCAUACCGGAAAAAAAAGAAACUAUUUUACCACUUUGAACUGAAUCAUAUUUAGAAAUACUCCUGCAGAUGUUACAUACGAACAUACCCAUGCACACAAACAGAAAACAUUAAGCCGAUGGUGAUGACUUUGUGAAAGCUUCAUCGCUGUCGCAAGAACAAUCAACUUGUUCUCAAACAAAAUUGUUAACCCUUAUUAAGAGUAACAUGCACGGUAAGAGAAACCGCCGUUUACUAAGGAUGGCCACUGUAAAAAAAACUCCCAUCUAAUUAAAAACAAACUAAAAAAUAUAUCGCAUAUUGUAUGUUAAAAUUUAAGUUUUAACAUAAAUAGGCUUUUGUUUGUGCAUAAAGUACUUUACCAAACGAAACUAAAAGCAAAUACUAACGUAUAAACAAAUUUCUCCUUCGUAAGAAGUUUGCUUAGAUCCCUCAGAAAAUCACUAACACAAACGUAGCAAACAACAAAUGUUAAGACAAAUCUUUAGCCGAUGAAGAAGGAAAGUGGCGUUAUGUAUAGAGAUAGAACAAAAUCACAGAUUAACUGACCCACGCGGUAUCGAUGUUUCAAAGUAUGGAACACAAGACAAGUUGUUCACCGUGUAUGGUAAUUGAAUAGAGCAAACAAAUCAAGCCGAUUGAAGGUUUUUAACACAAAACAACAAAAACGAUUGCAACUAGUAACCAAAAAACAAUUUCAUUGUUACGAUCACGUUCAGUUCGAUUUUCCUACCGAUCAAAGCAACCAUUUGACAAGUGAAUCGCAGCAAGCACCCACAAGUUAGUAAACAGCAUAACUGUUAUCGAAUGUAUCGAAUAAAUUAGUAGGCUGAGAAACAAGAUGCACAUUUCAUCUAUGAAGUACGUUAACGCAAACAAAGCAAAACAACUCUCACACACACACACACGUAGUUGAAACCAAAAGAGAAAUAAUACUAAUAGCAAAACCAAUACAAAUUCAUCCGUACGCGCACCAAUCAGAAGAAGAUUUAAAAAACACAAACCGUCACUUGCAUCUCGGACUGCACCACUUUCCCCCUUUCGCUUCCGUUCCAUUGUUCCAACUCUGCGCGAAUCAUGUCACUUUUUGCACUCGUCCAAAAAAAACCACCAAAUUGAAAAAAAAACUAAGUAUUACGCUUGCACGCACCAAACUACCUAUACUACCUAUAUUAUUAAUCGCAAUCUAAUCUCCCGAAACCAAAUCACACUCACACAAAAAAAAACACAUAAACAUACAGUUUUUGCUUAGCAAGCCUACAGAACUAGAACAUUAUUCUUCCAAAUUGAAUAGUUUGAGCCUAAACUGAAAAUUUUUGCAAGCUGAAUUGAUCAUAUCUGUUUUGUUAGAAUUGACCAGCUAAGGAUAUAUUGAACAGUACAAAUAUGAUUAAUUUUUCGCUGUAAAACCCGUUUCAAACUAUUACCGCAGCCAUUGGUUAUUAGAAAAGUUUCGAAUAGCAAUCAGUUUCGGCACACGAAUUAAUACUUGCGUAUUUUCUUCCAGAAUAAUAAACAAACAAACAAAACAUGUUUGUUUGUUUAAAAACCCGACCAUCACCACCCAUCCAUUGCACGGUAUCAUGGUUCUAAUCAGUUGUUUCACAUCACCUUCGCCGUAUGUCGCCACUGUAUCGUGUCUCUGUAGCUUGAUGAGUGAGCGAACUUGAAUACUGUGUGUGAGCAAAGUCUGUCGUCUCGUUUCCGUUUCCUUCUUCCGUACUCUCUUUUCCAUACGACGCCAAACAUACCAAAGGCAAGCAAACAGAACAAAAUACAUACAUAGAAAUAUAUAGUGGUGUUUUUUUUAAUUCUCAACCGACAACUGUAGCGAAUUGUUAGUUUGGAUGAUUUGAAAUUUGGAGAAAAAAACGUAACAUAAAAAUAGACACAGCAGAACAAUCGCCAAGGCGAUUUUUAAGUUUAUCAAUAACAUUCACUAAUAUUGGAUAAAAAAUAUCGACAGUAGAACUGAACAGAAAACCAACUCUUUCUCUCUCUCUCUCUCCUUCUCUCAAAUACACACACUCACAGUCACAUGGAAAACAUAAAGAAAACAAUGGAAAUUAUUAUACAUUAUAUGAAUGAAUUUUUGAUAAUCUAAUUAUAUGUAUUUUUGAAUUGUAUUUUAUCGUGGAGUAAAAAUAAUAUGUACCUAUAAUUAAAAAGAAAAAUAAAAAAUCUACUAAAACA